AAACCAAACAUAUAUCUCCUUCACCUAUACCUAGAACACCGCCUAGCUCUACAUUUCGAAUACAUUCAGCUUCAACUAGGAGGUAGUCAUGAAUUUCAUUGUCAUUUUAACCCUAGCCUUGACAAUCCAUGUCUCUCAAGCACAAACCUCACGAGAACAAUAUCUAUCCGCACAUAAUGCAGCUCGAGCAGAAGUUAAUGUUGGACCUUUGGUAUGGGAUGAUACUGUUGCAGAAUAUGCUACCAAUUAUGCUAAUCAGAGAGCCGGUGACUGUAAUCUUAUUCAUUCUGCUGGAGGACCAUAUGGUGAGAAUCUUGCAAAGAGUACUGGAGAUCUCAGUGUGGCCGAUGCUGUAAAAUUAUGGGUAGAUGAGAAAAGGUUUUACGACUACCAAUCAAACUCAUGUCAAGGAGGAGAAACUUGUGGGCACUAUACACAAGUAGUAUGGAGAAACUCUGUUCGCCUAGGGUGUGCUAGUGUGACUUGUAAUAAUGGUGGCACUUUUGUCAUCUGCAGCUAUGAUCCCAGAGGCAACUGGAUUGGAGAACGUCCUUAUUAGACCAAUGAUAUGAUUCCGUCUGAUCCCGGCAACAUGUACUAAAUAAAGGAGCGAGAUACUAGCAAUAAAAGACCUUGCUAAUUUAAUUAGCUAUAGGCGUUCCAUUAAUAAUAUCAACAGGUCCUUGGGGACUUUUAUUUGGUUAUGUACUAGAUAUAUAUGUAACCAUGUACUUGUACUGCAUGUAAGUGAUUCUGUUGUUAUAAAUAAAAUAAAAAUGUGAUCAUACACAUUUAAAUU